UUGAGGGGUUAAGUUCUAUAACAACGCCGCAGGUUAUUCGAGUUCAAUAGACUGAAAGGGCUGUAGCAGUCAGAUAGGAGCCUACCUCUUCUCGCGUAAACAAGGAACCAUUGUACAGAGUGCGUGUUCUCCAAGUCGGGUAGCCUACUGUAGCCUGCUUAGAUCGGUGCAGUACUGUGUAUAGGAAAGAUGUUUAGCAGGUCGUUGGUAAGGACAGGACUUCUCGUCUGCAAACAGGACAGCGUUGUUGGGACGAAAUGCAUCCUGCCAGCCCUGAACGCCGGUGACAGGCGACAGGGUGCGUCUUCGUCGGCCGGUGUCAUAAAUGGGAGUAAAGUAAAAACAAUCGAGGAUGGAAAUAAACUGAAAACGAUGGAGGAUUUAGACGGCCCCAGUUUCAUGACUUCUUUAUACUGGCUCUUUGGGAAAGGUUACUUUCAGACAACGCACCAAAUGCAAAUUGAACACAGCAAGAUCUACGGUCCGCUGUGGAGGUCUAAGUACGGGCCACUGGUGAUUGUGAAUGUGGCCAGUGCAGAUCUGAUUGAGCAGGUGCUGAGGCAGGAGGGACGGCACCCCAUCCGCACGGAUAUGCCCCACUGGCGAGGCUACAGGGAGUUACGGAACCAUGCCUAUGGCCCCCUCACAGAAAUGGGGGUGAAAUGGCAGAGAAUCAGAAGCAUUCUGAACCCCAGGAUGCUAAAACCCAAGCAUGUGUCAUCGUACACCAAUGCCAUCAAUGAGGUGGUCAGGGACUUCGUCCAGAAGGUGGACUGGCUCCGGAAGACUACAGGGGACGGAGUCAUGGUCAAUGAUUUGGCAGGGGAGCUGUAUAAGUUUGCUUUUGAAGGCAUUUCCUCCGUGCUGUUUGAGACGCGUCUGGGCUGCCUGAAUGAAAAGGUUCCUGAGGAGACUGAGAGGUUCAUCUUCUCCGUGGGGGAGAUGUUCCGCCUCUCCCCCAUCAUCGUGCUCUUCCCCAAAUCUCUCUGGCCUUACCUGCCCUUCUGGAAGCACUUUGUGGCCGUCUGGGACCACCUAUUCACUGUUGCGGAAGACCUGGUCCAGAAGAAGAUGGAGGAGAUCCAGGAGCGUGUGAAGAAGGGGGAGCCCGUGGCCGGGGAGUACCUGACACACCUGCUGGUCAGCGAGCAGAUGUCCGUCCACGAGGUGCUGGGGAGCAUCACCGAACUGCUGCUCGCCGGAGUGGACACGACGUCCAACACCAUCUCCUGGGCGCUGUACCACAUGGCGAGUGAGCCGGAGAUCCAGGAGCGGCUGUACCAGGAAGUGGAGAGCGUCUGCCCGGGAGACAAGGUGCCCACCAGCGAUGACAUCGCCAGGAUGCCACUACUGAAGGCCAUCAUCCGAGAGACGCUUCGGUUAUACCCUGUGGUGCCCGGGAAUGCCCGCAUCACUGUGGAAAAUGAGAUUGUGGUGGGCGGACAUCGCUUCCCCAAACAGACCCUGUUCCACCUGUGCCACUACGCCGUGUCGUACGACGAGAAGAUCUUCCCGGACCCGCACGCCUUCCUGCCCGAGCGCUGGCUCCGUGGCGCCGACAAGCAGCUCAACCAGCACCCCUUCGGCUCCGUGCCGUUCGGGUUCGGCAUCCGGGCCUGUCUGGGCCGGCGAGUGGCGGAGCUGGAGAUGUACCUGGUCCUGUCACAGUUGAUAAAACAUUAUGAAGUACGCCCAGAUCCUACUGGACAAAUCGUCAAGCCAAUCACACGGACUCUUCUGGUCCCAGCGACGCCCAUGAACUUGCAGUUCUUGAACAGGGGAGCAGCAGAGGACGAGCCAAGAGAAACUACGCACGAGGCCAUAUGAACUACAUCCUAACGCAUUCCACACACAGCGUGGAAGUAAAACAAACUGUGUAUAUUAGUUGCUAUGGAGAUUUGAAAAGUUUGAACCCGCACAGUCUCUAUGCAUUGGCAGAAGAUCCAUUAUAUUGAUUGCAUAGUGCACAGUUUAAUGCUGCUACUCUAGCCACUCUCGCCACUAAGCAAUUGCUUUGACAUUUGGAUUGACUCCCAAUAGGGGGUGCUGACGAGCACUGGCAAAUAAUAUUUUAAACAGGAUAAUUGUAUUUCUGUGUUUUUGAUGUUCCCUGAUGGAUCUGUUGCCAGAAGACCUUUGUUAUACAAAGGGAAAGACAUUCUUUACUGUUGUGACCACUUUAAUGUUUUCAUUAUUUUUACUUUGUAAAUAUAGCUGCUUAUUUCAAUUCUGUAACUAAUUGUUUUAUUGUAUUUUUGAUGGGUGACCUGGACUGGAUGAUAUAGUAUGGCCUCACAUUUAUCUUGUUUUCCUGUUCUCUGCCCACUAAACAAGACUGUGUUUAUACUGUGGGCCCAUCCUGGGCAUUUUAGUAAUAUAUAUGUCUAUGAGGACCUAAAAUGUGCCUUUAAGAUUGUGAAUAUGACUUUACGGUCCAGCGAGCACAUGGAUGCACUUUGUUUUUAGGCCAAGGCUACUGAUAUUUACCUUUAACGCUGCCAGCGGAUGUUAAACAUUUAAAAAAUCUUAACAUGAUAGUAUGCUCUUAUCAUGUGGUCAUAAACCAGGCAAAACAGUAUUGUUCAUGAUUACAAUUGUUCAAAUAUUAAAUUAUAUUUUAUGAAUGUUA